AUCCACAUCAUGACCCUUGAUAUUUUACCAAUUAUAGACGAUAUUCAUACGUCACCUUACACUCCCCAGUUACAGAGAAACUGUUACACGAAGACCCUCGAUGGCCUUGUCAUCAACAACUUCCAGUUUGUCAAGAAACUCGGCUCUGGCACCUACGGUUUGAUAUACUUGGUCAAAGACCUCGAUACUAACCGGGUUUACGCUGCCAAAAUCAUCUUGAAAGACCAGAUGAACCUAAAUCAAAAAGACAUCGAGUCGUAUAAAAAGUAUAUUCAAGAACGGAUAUUCUUUGAGUUUAUCAACAACUAUAGCAACUUGCAGCUCGAGGACUUAGACCUCGACUUGAUCAAAGAAAACGGCAACCAAAUCUCGUACUUGAAGGAGAUUUCCAUCCACCUCAAAUGUCAUCAUCACCCCAAUGUCGUCACCAUCCAUAAAGUCAUCAGCUUCAGUAUCGGUCUAGUCACAGUAAUGGACUACUACGAACAAGGGGACUUGUUCAAGAACAUCGUCGACAACCGCAUCUUCAGUCCCAGUAACCCCCUCAUGAUGAAAAACUGUGUGUUGCAAAUCAUCAACGUUAUCAACUACUUGAGUUCGAAGAACAUUUACCACUGUGAUCUCAAGCCCGAAAACAUUCUUGUCAAGUACAACCCAGACUAUAGGAGGCCUGACGAUGCUCCCAUCGUUGACUACAACGAAAUCUCCAUCGGCCUCAUUGAUUUUGGUCUCUCCAUGGAAGAUGAGAUAAUUUGCUGCAACAGCUGCAGAGGGUCUUCCUUCUACAUGUCUCCAGAAAGACUCGUCAACUACACCAAAAAUGAGUAUAUCAAGUCGAUCAUCGACUUGUCGAGCUACAAGACCCGGCCCUCUACUGACUCUUCGCCUAUGUUGUACUUUCCUACUUUGAAAGGCGAUAUCUGGUCCAUUGGCGUGUUGUUAAUCAACAUCACUUGUGCUAGAAACCCUUGGCCCAAUAGCAGCAUUGUUCCAAACAACAACGAAGUGUUCCAGACGUAUGCAUACGAAGACACAGCCAUUUUGAAGAAGAUCUUGCCCAUUUCCACCGAGUUUAAUGUAUUAUUGAACAAGAUCUUCAAGUUGAAUCCGAUAGAGAGAGUAGAUUUACAGGACCUUUACAACGACGUGAUUGUGGUGGACUUUUUCCACGAUAGCAUGUUGACGCCGCCCGAAAGUCCUGUGUAAUGAGAAUUGAAAAAUACAGAAUGAAUAACUAGAAUGAAUAAUGAUAAUACGAAUGUACGAUGACGAAAACAAGUGUUGAUGUAGAUAAGGGCACGACAUGCGCUUGCGACAUGCGACACAUGGGAGGGGGAAAUAGACCACCUACCGGGGGUUUAUCCCCGACAUUUGACCUCUAUGGGUAUGUGGGUUGACUCUCAUUGACUAAGUGAUAGCUUGAUUCCUGGAAGUGCUUCCAUC